AUCCACAAAAAGAUCAGCACUUCACGUUCAUCUCCUUGUUUCGAUUCUUACUCGAACAUCCAUGGCACACCAGCAACUUUCUUCGCUGUCCGACGUCGCAAGUAGUAAAGAGCAUGACCAGGAGGAUGCCAUUGAUGAACUAAUUGCUUCACUUCCCAUAAGCAAAGGCUUGGUUCGUCCUGUCCGUAGCCUUUAUCAAAACUUCUGGUGCCCGACCUACUUGCUUCCGAACGUGAUCGCGUUCCAGCGGCACUUCGAAGCCAAAGACAAGGACAUUCUCCUGGUCUCUCAUCCCAAAUCAGGGACCACCUGGCUAAAGGCCCUAGUUUUCUCCGUCGUCAACCGCUCCCGCUUCAACAUCUCCAACACGCCCUUGCUCACUUCGAACCCCCAUGAAGUAGUCCCUUUCAUCGGGCGUAGGUCGUUGCCCGGCCUCGACGGUAUGGUGGAGUCGAGGCUCUUGGCGAUGCACAUCCCUUACCCAGCCUUGCCGGAGAGCGUCCGGCAGUCGGACUGCCCGAUCAUUUACAUCUGCCGGAACCCGCUGGACAUCGUGGUUUCCUCUUGGCACUUCCACCGCCAGGUGGCACGGUCGGAGUGGUCCUUGGAGGAGCAUUUCGAGACCUUUUGCCGAGGGGAAAUCAUGUUUGGGCCCUUUUGGGAUCACAUCACGGGGUACUGGAAGGAGAGCUUGGAGAGGCCACGGAAGGUGUUGUUCCUCAAGUACGAGGACUUGAAGGAGGAUAUAGUAGGACAGCUGAAGAAGGUGGCCGAGUUUGUGGGGCUUCCCUUCACUGAGGAGGAAGAGGAGGGCGGCGUGAUUGAAGACAUAGCCAAAAUGUGUAGUUUCAAGACCCUCAAGGGCCUGGAGGUCAACAAAUCCGGCAAAUUACUGAAUACAAUCAUGGAGAAGAGAAGCCAUUUCAGGAAAGGGGAGGUGGGUGAUUGGGUUAACCAUCUCACUCCUUCCAUGGUGGAUCGCCUCAACAACAUCAUGCAAGAGAAAAUUAGCCCAUUAGGGUUACGCUUCAAAACACGCUGAGUGUUAAUCACUUCCGCUUUCUCUAUGCAUGUCAGUAGAAAUAAGCGAAGUCAAUAAUGGAUAGAUCCGCAAUCCUCCUUCCUCGUUGGUGUAGUACAAAGAUCUCAAUAAUCAUUGACUUCUCUGUCGCUAGAGACCAAACAAGUAUUUGAUGUUGAUUAGCUGUAAGGAAAGGAAAAAGAGAGAGGGUGUUUUGCGUUCGAAAUCACAAUCUGCUCUAUAGUUCACAAUCUCAUCUCAUGUUCCUUUGUUUUUGGAAUAGAAUGUUCUUCGAGAA